GGUGAUGAAAAAGUUUUGGAUAUAAAUCACUAUCUAUGACUAUAUCACUAUUUAUAGAUCACUACAUAAUGAUUGUUUAACAUUGUGAAUAUACUUAAUACCACUGAAUUGUAUAUAAAAAUGAUUAAAAUGCAAAUUUUAUAUUAGGUUAAUAAUUAUAAGUGGAUGUUAUAAACAACUUUAUACCAAAAGAAUUUGAAAAUUUAGAUAAAAUGGACAAAUUCCCAGGAAAACACCAUUUACCAAAAUUGAUACAAGAACAAACAGACAAUAUGAAUAAUUCUAAAUCUCUGAAAGAAGUUGAGUAUGUAAUUAAUAACCCUUCCACAUCCGGGGACAGCAUCCAUAGGCAUUCAGAAUGGUCCAGCAUUUGACCUGCUGUCAUAGGUUGUCCUACGAUACAGCCUCUAACAAAACUAGGCUGUCCCAAACCCCUGGUAAUAGAAUCGUUUACCUUUAUACCAAGAAGGUUGGGAAAUCACCCAAAUCUGCAUGUGGUGUGGGCCCAGGGCGACUUCAAGGAGUUUGUGCUAUGAGACCUAAAGUCCUUACGAGGUUGUCUAAAAUGAAAAAACGAAAUGAAAAAACACAUGGUGGUUCCAUGUGUGCUAAGUGUGUUCAUGACAGGACCAAGUGUGCUUUCCUUAUCAAGGAGCAGAAAAUCAUUGUGAAAGUGUCGAAGGCACAAGCAGAGUCAGAAAGCUAAAUAAACAA